AUGUCAGUAAUCACUUUGCAACUAGGCCAGUGUGGGAAUCAAGUCGGUGGCCAGUUCUUUUCCACUAUCAUUGACGACAUAUUUGCCAAGCCCACAGGUGUUGGAAGCAAAGAGGAUGCUGACUACGUCAAGACUUCCACUGAAACAUUUUUUACAACAUCAGAACAUGGAAGUCGGGAUGGGUCCACAGGCGUACCCAAAGCCAGAGCAGUUCUAGUGGACAUGGAAACCAAAGCCAUUGCACAAACCUUGCAGUUGGCGACAAAAAGCGACAAGUGGUCAUACUCAGACAAGUGGUUUUGCCAGAAGCGAGGGUCGGGAAACAACUGGGCUCAUGGCUUUUGUGUCCACGGACCACAGUCACAUGAAGAGAUCAUGAACUUGGUUCGGAAGGAAGCAGAGCAGUGUGACCGCUUGGGGGGUUUCAUGAACCUCUUGAGUCUCGCUGGUGGGACAGGGUCGGGAGUUGGUGCGUAUGUCACAGAGAGUUUAAGAGAUGAGUAUCCAUAUUCGUUCAUCUUAAAUCAGGUGGUGUGGCCGUACAACACAGGGGAAGUUAUAGUACAGAACUAUAAUGCCAUGCUGACUCUGUCCCACAUCUAUGACACAGCUGAUGCUCUAGUGGUGAUGGAGAACGAUGCCCUGCACAAAAUCUGUACCCAGCUUCUCAACAUCAAGAACAUUUCCUUCCAAGACAUUAACAAGGUCAUCGCCCACAAGAUGGUCAGUGUCCUGCAGCCAUGUUCCACUGCAGGGUCGGUCGCUGGCAUGUCGUGUGAUUUAGGUUCCUUGCUGGAGUCACUGGUCCCGCAUCCCCAGCACAAACUGCUGGCGGUGAAGAACAUUCCUCAGAUGUCGGACGCGGCCAGAGAGUUCAGCAUGCAUCAGUGGCCAGGUUUGAUGAAGAAUCUUCGCCAAAUGCUAAUUGCCGAUUCUCCCAUGGAAGAAGGAAUUAACUGGCAAGUGAAACCUGCCAGUCGGACGGCCAGUGGCCACACUUGUUUCAACAAAUCAUUGUCAACGCUGCUGGUUCUGAGAGGCAAAGAUGUGCUGCCCGUCGACACCUCCAUGUUCUCAGAUCCUAAUAUCUACUCCUCCUGGAUGCCAACAGAGCUGGCAUCUCAUGUUGCCAGGCAACCUCGGAUGUUUUGUGGCUACGAGAAAACAGCUGCCUUGGUCAGCAACAGCUGCGCCACAAUCCGCCCGUUGAACCACAUCAUAGACAAGGCUUGGAACAUGUUCUCAUCGCGAGCCUACGUACACCAGUACCUCAAACAUGGACUAACUGAGGAGGAUUUCUUAGACUCGUUUGUCAACUUAGAAAAGAUAAUUGCCAGUUAUAACAGUUUAUGA